UCUCUCUCUCUCUCUCCCCCCUGUUCCCUGCUCCUUGCCUAUCUCCCCUUGCCUGGCCGUCUACCCGCUCGUCUGUCAACCAGCCAAAAGCAUGCCCACCCCCCAUCCGAUCACCCUCCGGAUGGCGGAGGAGUGGCCGGACGCCCCGCCGGUUCCCACCGACGGGGCCGACCACAACACCAAGCCCUAUCCUCUGAACAGCACCGGGCACUUCUUCACCGAUCGGGUGACCGCCGAGCCGACCGAGCUGGCCAUCAGCCUGGACACCUUCCGGCAGCUGUUCCUCAAUGAUGAAAGUGGCUUCGGCCUCCGCGCGCACAAGUUCAUCCACACAAAUGACAUGUUCACCGAGCCGGCCUGGACCCCGUGCGGCCCGUCCGGCCGGGUCCUCUGCAAGACCAUCGACUACUCGGUCAACAUCCCGAAGACCCCGAUGAUCCCGGAUGUCCUGCACAUCACCCAGCACACGGUUCUCUACGACCUCGGCCCGCAAGAGGGCUUCCGCCUCUGGAUCAAAAACAAGCCCCAAAAUGGCCCCUGCCACGCGGACUACGAGGCCAACAUCCUGGUUACCAUUAAGCCGAUCUUCGACGAGUCGGCCACGGUGGUCGACUCGAUGUCCGAGCAGGACUUGCAGCUCGCCGAUGCGGCCACCGCCAAUGCCGACGCCGACGCCGACGCCGAGUCCGACUCGGACGAUGGUGGGGUCCCCUCCCCGAGCCCCUCCGGCACGUCGACUCCCCGGCAUGCACCAUUGGCUCGGGGGGGCCCUCUUGCCUCGACCAUCGACGAUUAUCCCCUCCAGGCCGACUCGCCGGUGGACCAUCUCUUCCGUCACGCGGCCGGGCCCCGGCUCCUGGGGGCCGACCAUCACCACUCGUCCGAGAGCGAUGGCCUCAGCGAGCCGGAGUCCCCGACCGGUCUGGCUACUCCGACGGCCAGUGCCGGCUCUUUGGCCCUGGCUCCGGCCCCGGCGCUCGACUCGGCGGCCCCCACCAGCCUGCUGCAGCUGUCCUUCCGCAAGCACCCGGGGCGUGACCAUGCCGAGGGCCUUUCCGAGGUCCCGCGCCCGGUUUUCCCGGGGCUCUUCCACUUGGCGGCCUCGCCAGCACGGACCGGCACCCACACGCCGGCGCGCGUGGCCCCCCCGGCCAAGAAGCCCGCCCCGGUGGCCGUCCCGCGUGCCGGCCGGGUGUCCGUGUCGGUCCGCGCGCAGGUGGACAAUUAUCACAGCUUCUUCCUCUGGUCCACCAUCCGGCCGCACGCCAUCAGCGCCUAUCAGUUCUUCUACAAGUGGUGGAUUCCCCUGCUGGUGGAGGUGACCCAGGAGCAUCUGGCUCCGCCGGCGCCGGUGGUGGCCGCUCCGGCCGCUGCCCCGGCCACCCCCCGGCCGGUUGGCAAGCUCAGCCUCUCCGGGGUACGCGGCGUGAGCAGCAGCCCGGCGCGCUUGAGCCAGCCGUACCCGGCGCCGGCGUCAUCCGCCGCGGCCCGUGGCAUGUCCGGUGCCGGUACCACCGGCGGCACAUUGCUCAAUGCCAAGAAGACCCUUCAGCGCCUGGUGCCGAAGACCAUGGAGGCCGCGCGCCGGCUGACCGCCGAGCUGGAUUCCUCCUCCGGCUCUUCGUCCUCCUCGACCGCCCGGGGCGUCGCGGGCGGUCCGAUUGGCGACCUCACCGGCGGCGAGGACUCCCGCAACCAGGACCGGCCGAUCCAUGCUCUGGAGCACUUCAAGCUCCCGCCUCCUGGGCAGCGGCUGGCCCCGGCGGUGGCCAUCAACAAGGAGCCCGUCACCGCCGCCGUCAUUGUUCCCGCUCCUGCGCCGGUCCCCGAGACGCCUGUGGCCUCCGGUGGCUGGGGCGUCGGGUCCCUGCUCAAGAGCGUUGCCUCCGGGGCCUGGUCCGUGGCCGGGUACCUGCUGCCGUCGGUGUUUGGCGCGGCGGACUCGACGUCGGCCGCGCCGGGUCCCGCCGACCCGCGGCCCGGUCUCUCGCGCAGUGGCAGCGUCGAUUCGCUGGCUGGCGUGCCUCGGGGCAUGUCGACCACGGCCGGCGACCCGGCUGCCGCGUCGGUCUGGCUAUUGGUGGAGUGGCUUUUGCUACAGGUGCCGCUCCUGUCGAUGUUCCUGCGCAGUGGGGGCUUCCUCAGCGGGGCGCAUGAUGGCCGCGUGUCGCCCCAGCCCUCGCCCCUCCUGCGUGGCCGGGCCAUGAACCGUUUGGAUGUGGCCGGCGCCCCGGGGCCCGGUGUGCACCACUGGUCCACACAGCACCACCACCACCGAGGUUUGCAUCCGGCAGGCGGAGGAGGAGGCGGCCAGUUGGCCUCCACCCCUGGCGGCGGCGGGCACCGCCUUAAUGGCACUGGCAUCCUCACUCGUUCGGAAUCCAUGUCCUCGCUGGCACGCGCGUCGGCGGCCGCACCCGGCACGGGACGGCAUGGUGCUAGUGGUGGCCCCCCGCCGGUGGCCGCCACCGCCAGCCCCUUUGCUUCGGCCCUGGUGCUGAGUGCGCUGCUCGGCACCACGGCCCUGCUGAUUUCUUGGGUCUCGUCUGGAGCCGUGGCCACGGUCGUUGCCGUUGCGGCGCCCUGAUGCCGGGGCCGUGACCUGUCUGUGGCCCCUCUCCCUUGCAUGUGUGCCCCCCCUCCCCCCCUCGGGCGGGGGGAAUGUGCCUCUCUUUAUCUUCCGCUCUCUCAGAGGCUCUGUUCCCCCCCCCCCCACCCCUUGUUGUCUGCCUUUCUCCCCCUUGUUCCUUUCCUUGGUGGCCCAUCUUCUUGCUCGCUUCUUGUGUGCGCGCACGCGCGAAAUAUAGAUGCGCCUGUU